CAAUCGCUUCAGCUCGCGUAUAUUUAAUAAAAAGUGGUCAGUUCAUCUACAGCAGAUGAUUGACGCGAGACGUUCCUCCGUCAGGAAUUCAACGUCGGUUUGAUGGAUCGAAACUGGCCGGAACCAACAGUGAUUAUAUUUACCGGAUAUUGUAAAAAUGAAUUCUGUUUUGAGGUGGGUAUUGCCGUUCUGUUUAAGUGCAUUGAUAAAUGAAUGCAGCGCUGCACGAAUUCUCGCUGUGUUUCCCCUGGUAUCAGCGAGCCACAGUGCUGUACUCCACACGAUAACCGUGGAGUUGGCGAGGAGAGGUCAUGAACUCGUGGUGUUCGAUGGGUAUUCGGCCGGGAGGGAGAUUGAAAAUUUGAAGAAUUAUCGGGAGUACCUGCUCAAGGAAAAUACGAUGCCUUCCGGAAAACUCCGUCAAUUGUUGACAGACGACGCCAAUCUCCUGCGAUUGCUCAUGACUUUGCCGGAAGUUGCAGAAACACUGAUGAAUCGAACCCUCUCGAAUGAGCAAAUGGCGACGCUGAUUUCACCGAGUGCCAAAGAAACCUUUGAUCUCAUCAUGAUUGAAUGGAUAUCGUGGGAUUCGUUGAAUGCUCUCGGCCAUCGGUUCAAUGCCCCCGUAAUUGGUAUCAUGACAAUUCCCAUAACGAUAUUCGGCUUCUCCCAGGGUCUCCCUCUCUCCUCAAUCGAUAUGCCCCCUUACAUGACCGGUCAAAUCGGCGAGAAGACCUUCCUCGACAGGCUGAAGGGCUUUGUCGCAGACGUUGUUAUUGCCGCCUUUCGGCACUACUCGCUGUACCGACAGCAGAGACUCGUGGAGAAAUUCUUCGGUCAGGAUUAUCCGCACGUCUACGACAUGAUGAGGAACGUCAGCAUGAUCUUCACUGAUCAGGAUUACGUGAUGCCGUAUCCAACAAUCGGUGCGCCGAAUAUCGUUAAUAUCGGGGGAAUUCACGUCUCGAGGGAAACAGAUCAGGUGCUGCCGACGGAGGUGAAGGACUUCCUGGAUAAAUCCGAGAAUGGCUUCGUCUAUUUUAGUCUUGGAUCGACAUUGCCUGGAAGCUACAUGCCAGAUGAGAUGAGACGAAUCUUCGUUGAGGCAUUCGCUACUAUUCCCUAUCGUGUUAUUUGGAAGUGGGAGGAGGAUCAACUUCCGGGAAAACCGGAUAACGUUUUAAUAUCCAAAUGGCUCCCUCAGAGAGCUAUUCUAGCACAUCCUCGGAUCAAGGCCUUCAUCUAUCAGGGAGGGCUCCAGAGCACUGAGGAAGCUAUUGCUGCUGGUGUACCACUAAUUGCUCUCCCAAUAUUCGGCGAUCAAGAGCAGAAUGUCAAUAAAAUGGUGCACAUCGGUGGUGCUGUCAAACUCAACAUCCGCAGCUUCACGAAGACUGAUCUGCAGGAGGCGAUUCUCGAGGUGGCGGCGAACGUCAAGUACAAGGAAGGAAUAAUUCAGUUCAGGGAUCUGCUCAACGACAGACCCUACGAUCCUGUCAACCACACGAUGUGGUGGAUUGAAUACGUCAUUAGAUAUAGGGGGGCGCAUCAUUUGAGAUUGGUGAGGUCCAGUCUUCUCUGGUAUCAGGCGCAGAAUCUCGAUGUUAUCACGUUGUGUAUUGUUAUUCUCCUCGUCCUGACGCUCAUCACUUAUAAGGGUGUUAAAUUAAUCGUUCGUUGCUGCUGUUGUAGGCGAAACCAAAGUCUUCAGAAAAUCAAGCAGUCGUAGAUAAAUCAAUUGUUAAUAAUGUGAUCAGUAAGUAUUGAAAUCGGAGUAUUGUAGACAACAGAGACAAUAUCAAAUUUAUACGACUCUUCAGUUUGUUUUCACUGCCCCAAGAAAUUAAUUUGUUAGUUCAUCAAGAAUUAAAA